CCCUCCUCCCCGACUUCACACUUUCUUCCUUUUUUCUUUUAUCUAUAGCAUAUAUUUUUUCCCCUUUUUUUGUCAAAUUGAACUUAAAGAAGAAUUUAAUACACAUGAAAAAAACACCCCGUUGAAGCACCAGAUCACCUACUUUCCUACCAGAUCUAAGGGACCCCCAAUCCCCAAUCCCAUUUUUCUCCUUUCAACAUCUAUGUAGUUAGAACAAUACUUGUGAAAAUUGAUCCAUUAACUAUUGUUUUUCAUGCUAGAAUGCACGAUUCUUAACAGGAAUUGGCCAACUGGAUUCCUUUUUUCUUUUUGUUUUUCCGGGGAAUUAGGAAUUUUGGUACAGAAAUUGGGAUGGUUAGGAGAAUGAAUGGAGGAGGGUUCGGAUUUGGAGAUUAUUAUGAUGAGGUGGAUCGAUCCACGGGAAUGGCGUCCUCUUCUUCGUCGUCGCCGUCGUCAUCAUCAACGCCGGCCAAAAUUUUUGCUGUGAAUUCACCUCCGCCGACGGCGGCCGUGGGUGUCGGUGGUUAUAUAGAACACACGGUUUCUAAAUUUGAUACGCUUGCCGGUGUCGCUAUCAAAUACGGUGUAGAGGUGGCUGAUAUAAAGAGGAUGAAUGGCUUGGUGUCAGAUCUCCAAAUGUUUGCUCUAAAGACGCUUCAAAUACCAUUACCAGGAAGGCAUCCUCCAUCACCCAGCUUAUCGAAUGGUUUGGAUACACAAGGGCCACGUGGCUGUGAGAAGACUCAACCCACCCGCAGGCACUCUGAUUUAUUUGACUCAUUUCAGUCACUGAAGUUGACGCCUUCUCCUCAGCGGAAGGUCUCUCCAGCCAUGAGCAGUUUACAAGGUUAUUAUGGUCUUAAACCAGCAGAGGAGAAAUCUGCGUCAGAAGGCUUUGAAAUGGCUGUGUAUUGGAAAGGUGGAGCUCACUAUUUAGAGGAUGGGCCAUUUGCCAGGCCUUCCAGUAAUCUGAACCCACCACUGAGUCAUCAUAGAAAAUCUAAAAGUGAAGCUAAUGGUUUUGCUACAGAAAAUGGUCACCUAGAUGAUCAUCUGUCUGCUCAAGAAAGUACCGAUAGUGACUCGGAUAAUUGGAUUGAAAAGCUUCUAGUGCGAAGGCGUCAGAAAUCUGAGGCUGAUUUUAGUUCUCGUACUCCUGAGAAGCUGCUGAAGGAGGAUAAUAGCGGUGGUAGUGGCUUUUCAGCAAUUACUGGUAAAGGCUUGGCUUUGAGACCCAAGUCAACUAAUCGAACUCUACCUGGAGCUGAAGCUGAAGCAGGCUUGCCAAACCCUAUUCCUAUAGGUUUGGGGGAAUCUUUUGUAAUUGACAGUCUUAGUGGCGUGAGGAAAUCAUCAAGUACAUCAAGUUUGCAAGAUUCAGAGAAUGGCACUUUGUCAUCCCUAUGGCCUACAACAAAGUGGAGCUUGAAGCCAGAUCUGCAGGCCCUUUCCUCUGCAGUGAUUACGAGACCAAUCUUUGACGGUUUACCUAAGCCCAUAUCUGGUCGUAGAAACAAAGCUGCACUUGAUUAGUACAAUUCCUUGAGAUGAUUGAUUGGUUUAUUAUCUUUCGAAUUUUAACGAGGCAUCCACAGUUGGACACGGAGGAAUGGGGCAGAAAAACAGAGAUAAAGCAAUAUUUGAUUAUUCCAUGAAACAGCCCUUCAGUUUUGGCUGAAAGAUGUUCACUGUUUCCUUUGAACGAAGUUCGGAGUUAAAUGUUAGGACCGAAAAUUUUAGUCAGCAGCAGAAUGCUGCCAAUGUGUUACUGUGUUUUUGGCAGGAUUUGUUAUACAAUGCAUUAUGCAUAUUGAAAGUUAUAGAAAAUGUAUAUCAAAUAGAUAGAGAUCUUAAUGCAAAUGAGGAAAGGAUGUUUUUAUAAAUGUAUUUAUACAUUCUUUUA